AGGACUUUGGUCAUGAGGAGGCAAAAGCUACACACGCCAAGGUUGAUAUGUCGCAAAUCCAAUUGCGUGCGGAGGAUCUCUAUGACAAGGAGAAGGUCGACCUCGAGACGAUCGUCGUCGAGGACGUUUUCAAGUUGUUACAGUGCAGUGAAGAUGGUCUAUCGGCUGAGGAAGUUCAGCGGCGUCUCGAGCUAUUCGGCCCUAACAGGCUCGAAUCUGAAGAGCAGAAUGCCUUCCUUCAGUUCCUGAGCUUCAUGUGGAACCCCUUGUCCUGGGUUAUGGAGGGAGCUGCUCUUGUUGCCAUUGUCCUGUCAAACGGAGAGCACAUGCCGCCUGACUGGGAAGAUUUCAUCGGUAUCAUCACAUUGUUGCUCAUUAACUCGGCCAUCGGUUUCUAUGAAGAGCGUAAUGCUGGUAACGCUGUCAAGGCUCUCAUGGACUCGCUUGCUCCCAAAGCCAAGGUCAAGCGUAACGGUUCGUGGAGCGAGAUCGAGUCCGCCGACCUCGUUCCUGGUGACAUGAUCUCGUUCAAGAUUGGUGACAUCGUUCCUGCCGACUGUCGUCUUACUGAGGCUAUCAACGUCUCGAUCGACCAGGCUGCGCUUACCGGAGAGUCUCUGCCUCAAGGUAAGAAGCUUGGUGACCAGUGCUUCUCUGGCUCUACCUGUAAGCAGGGUGAGGCUGAGGGUGUUGUUAUCUCAACGGGUCCCAACACGUUCUUCGGUCGUGCUGCGUCUCUUGUUGGCCAGGAUGAUGACACCACCGGUCACUUGCAGAAGAUUCUUGCUCAGAUCGGAUCGUUCUGCCUGGUGUCAAUCGGGAUAUUCGUCAUUGCCGAGAUUUUCUGUCUCUACGCCGGUUUCCGCUUCCAGUACCGUCGCGGUCUCAACAACAUCCUGGUGCUCCUGAUCGGUGGUAUCCCCAUUGCUAUGCCCACCGUUUUGUCCGUCACCCUCGCUGUCGGUGCCCAGCAGCUCGCGAAGUACAAAGCCAUCGUCACCCGUAUCACUGCCAUCGAGGAGCUUGCCGCCGUCACCAUCUUGUGCUCUGACAAGACUGGUACGCUCACCACGAACAAGCUCACCAUUGAUCGCGAAACCGUCCGCACCUACGGUCCUUUCUCUUCGGAAGACGUCAUCCUCCUCGCUUCCUACGCUUCCCGUACUGAAAAUCAGGAUGCCAUCGACGCUUGCGUCGUUGGUGCUCUUGGCGACACCUCCCGCGCUCGCGCUGGCAUCAAGCUUCUCGACUUCAAGCCUUUCAAUCCUGUCGACAAGCGUACGGAGAUCACCUACCGCGAGGAGUCGUCUGGCAAGCUCAAACGCGUCACCAAGGGUAUGACUGGUAUCAUCAUCGAGCUCUGCACACGUAACAAGACGGACGAGAUCGAGAACCGUCUCGAGGCCGAUGUCGAGGAGUUUGCCAUGCGUGGUCUUCGUGCUCUUGCGGUUGCGUUCGAGGAGCUCGAGACUACCGACCACGAGGGUGAGGGUAAUGGUUUUGAGCUCAUUGGGCUCCUUCCCAUUUUCGACCCUCCCCGUGAGGACACUAAGCAGACCAUCGACGACGCUCAAGCCCUCGGCGUUCGUGUCAAGAUGGUCACCGGUGAUCAGCUCGCUAUUGCGAAGGAGACAGGUCGUCGUCUCGGUCUCGGUGACCACAUGUAUCCCGCCAAGGUGCUCAAGGACGGACCCGAACCCGGAGGCAAGCACGGUUCGCUUGACGAGAUGAUCCUCGAUGCCGACGGUUUCGCGGGUGUCUUCCCCGAGCACAAGUACGAGAUUGUCAAGCGCCUCCAAGGUCUCGGUCACUUGGUUGCCAUGACUGGUGACGGUGCCAACGAUGCUCCCGCUCUGUCCCGUGCUAACGUUGGUAUUGCCGUCGAGGGUGCCACCGAUGCCGCGCGUGGUGCAGCCGACAUUGUCUUGACGGAGCCUGGUCUUUCGACGAUCGUGCAUGCUAUCCGUGGUUCGCGUGUCAUCUUCCAGCGCAUGCGGAACUACUCGAUCUAUGCAUGCGCCGUCACCAUCCGUAUCGUUGUCUGCUUCGCCAUCCUUGCCUUCGCGUUCAAAUUCGACUUCCCGCCGUUCAUGGUUCUAAUCAUUGCGCUCCUCAAUGACGGCACCAUCAUGACGCUCUCGGUCGACCGUGUCUUGCCUUCGAGCACGCCUGAUAGCUGGGAUUUGGCUGAGAUUUUCUCGUAUGCCAUUGCCUAUGGUAUCUAUUUGACCGCGUCGACGAUUGCUCUUGUCGCUAUUUGCAUCAAGACGGACUUCUUCUAUCGCAAGUUCGGCGUCACGUUCGAAGGCGGUGCGACAAUGGCCACGAACCACAAUGACUACAUCCUGCAUUCAGUCGUGUACUUGCAGGUCGCGAUCAUCUCUCAGGCGCUCAUCUUCGUCACGCGUUCGCACAGCUUCUUCUUCAUGGAGCGACCCUCGUUCGCUCUCAUGGGUGCCUUCUGCAUUGCCCAGCUCAUUUCGACCAUCAUCGCUGUCUACGGUGACUGGGGCUUCACGCAGAUUCACGGUAUCUCUGGAGGCUGGGUUGGUAUUGUCUGGGUUUGGGACAUUGUUUGGUUCGUUCCCCUCGACUGGAUCAAGUUCGCGAUGAAGGCGACGGUCAUCAGAAAGCUACGUGAGCGCCACCAGGCUGAGGUUGCCAAGGCUGCCGCUACUGCUGCUGGCGGUGUCCCGAUCACGCGCACUCAGUCGCGCGCUGCGUCGGUGCACGAGUCGCUCUACUCGAACCGUGUCUCGUUCAUUCGCCGCGCGGCACGCAAGGUUGGCUUCGGCCAGAAGGUGUCGAUGAAGCCCGAGGAGCUGCAACGGUUCAGCAGCAUCCAGGCUCAGCGUGCGGGUGCCACGCUUGCACGUAACCCUUCUCGCGCUGCCGCAUAGAUUGGCAUAUGGCUCCUUGGUCGAUGAUUCGGUCUCGGUGUAACUCCUCUUCCCGUCUCACAUUCUGCGUAUACCCUACAUGUCGCCGCCGUUCCUCUACACCGAAACACUGUUUCGUCGACCGAUAGGAUCCCUCAUGUCUGCCAUGUCCUGUUUGUGUUUCAUACAUAAUGAUUGUUCGAUGUUUUACGUACACGCAUCUGCGGUAUGACUGUAAUUUUGUUGCAUUGACCCUUACGCAUAUUUCACGAAAAGUAAUCAUAGAUAUCAAACACAUCGCGCUUAUGAGAAAAACCGAGUAACUCAGCGCUUCUCGAAAAUUCGUUAUAUUAUUACUAUUAGUACCGCAGUAAAUACCCCUUAGGGUGCAUACUCUGCGAGCAGCUCAGGUCAAUUACAUUUUGAUUUUGCUGCAUGACUGCUC